AAUACACAACCAAAACCAGGCAUCUAUCUCUUAUUGUUGGUAAUUAAGAAAAGAAAAUGAAUGAAAGUAGGAAGGAAGAUGAUGGGUCCGGCCUUGUAAUUCUGAUCACCGGAGUGAGCAAAGGCCUAGGACGAGCUUUGGCCUUAGAAUUGGGAAAACAUGGCCACACUAUUAUUGGGUGCUCUCGUAAUCACAACGCCCUUCAUUCCCUUCAAUUACAACUCUCUUCCAUCUCUACAAACAACCAACAACGACACUUGCUUCUUAAUCUCGAUGUGACCUCCAAUAGCGGUGUUGAAGGCCUACUUCAAGCUGUCCUUCAAACAAACCUUGUUCCCGAUAUCCUUGUGAAUAAUGCUGCUAUAGUCAAUGAGAAGUCCAAGUUUUGGGAGAUUCCUCCACACGAAUUUGAUUCUGUCAUUGAUACAAAUAUCAAAGGAACAACAAAUGUACUACGCCAUUUCAUCCCUCUUAUGAUUGCAAGGGAGAAGAAAAUUAUUGUGAACAUGUCUUCAUUGUGGGGAAGAAUUGGUGCUCCUAUGUUUUCAGCAUAUAGUGCAUCAAAGUGGGCGAUUGAGGGUUUGACUAAAUCAAUUGCACAAGAGCUGCCAAAUGGAAUGGCCAUUAUUGCACUUCAUCCUGGCAUUGUAAACACCGAUAUGCUCCUCUCGUGCUUUGGUGAUUUGGCUGCUAACCACCAAAAUCCUCCGGAGUGGGCAGUAAAGGCGAGCAGGAUGAUUCUUAAUUUUACAUCUGCAGAUAAUGGAGCAUCUCUUAGUGUCGACUCUAAUGAGGUUCAGGCAGGCUAAAUUGGAACCAAGGCAAGGAAAAUCAAGGGAGAAUGUGCAGAAUUAAGCAUAGAUCUUACUGACAUGUACCAAAUGCAUGUUUGAUAUAGGUAAUUUGAGUUAUGUUUCAUCUUCUCCAAUUAAUUGAGUUUAGAAAACAUAUGUUUGAUAAACGUGUUUUUGGAAACUGUUAUCCGAUUCUGUAGUUAAAAUAGUGAAAAUUAUGAUUACAAAAUUUUAUGUUUUCUUGUGUAUCUUGAUUUUGAAUUGGAAAUUUUAAUGUGCAUAAUCCUAUUAUAAAGGACAAAA